AUGGGCAACGACAAGAAAAUCGGUGCCUACUAUGCGCCGACGGGCGGCUUGCCGCCCCAGACCCAGCUUCUGACCGACCGCGCCAUGUUCACCGAAGCCUACGCGGUCAUCCCGAAGGGCACAUUCAGCGACAUUGUGACGAGCUUCCUGCCCUUUUGGGAUAAGACGCGGUUGUGGGUGAUUGCGCGUCCGCUGUCAGGCUUCGCCGAGACUUUUUCGCAAUACAUCAUGGAAGUGCAGCCGGGAGGUGGGAGUGACCGCGCCGAGCUCGACGAUGGGGCGCAGGGUGUGCUGUUCGUCGUCGAAGGCGAAGUGACCAUUACCCUGGCAGGCGCAACGCACACGCUCGCCGAGGGUGGCUAUGCCUAUCUGCCGCCGAAAAGCGGCUGGACCCUGCGUAAUACGGGUGCGGCGACCGCUCGGUUCCAUUGGGUGCGCAAGACUUAUGAAUCUGUGGACGGGCUCGAUAAGCCCGACCCGCUGUUCCUCAACGAGAAGGAUAUCACGCCCACCGUGAUGCCGGACACUAACGGUGCCUGGGCAACCACACGCUUCGUGGACCCGAGCGAUCUCCGUCACGAUAUGCAUGUCACGAUCGUGACCUUCGAACCGGGUGGUGUCAUCCCCUUCGCCGAAACCCAUGUUAUGGAACACGGACUCUAUGUGCUGGAAGGGAAGGCCGUGUACCGCCUUAAUCAGGACUGGGUGGAGGUGGAAGCAGGCGACUUCAUGUGGCUUCGCGCCUUCUGCCCGCAGGCCUGUUACGCGGGUGGUCCUGGCAAGUUCCGCUACCUGCUCUAUAAGGACGUGAACCGCCACAUGAAGUUGUCGCGAUAA